UGGCAGCGGGUUUAGCCCCGGCCCGUGGGCGGCCCCUCCCCCGCAGCGGGGCGCGCGCCGCGGGGUCAUGUGCCGGGCCCGGCCCGCGCCUCAGGGGCUGGCGGCUCCGCAGGACCCUCCGGCUGCUGCAGCCGCCGCUAUGCUGAGGCGCGGCGCGGUGCUGCAGCCUGCCCGCAGCGUCUGAUCGUGCCUGGGGCUGGGCAGUGCUCUGCCCCGCGCUCCCCCCGCGUCGCCUCGCUCGGCAUGAGCCGCUGCUGGCAUGUGCAAGAUGUCUUUCAAGAAAGAAACACCGCUAGCAAAUGCUGCAUUCUGGGCUGCAAGAAAAGGAAACCUGGCUCUUCUUCAACUGUUGUUGAACAGUGGGCGCAUAGACGUGGACUGCAGAGACAGUCUUGGCACAACUGCUUUAAUGGUAGCUUCUAACUAUGGCCACAUAGACUGUGUGCGGGAAUUAGUAGUGCAAGGAGCAGAUAUCAAUCUGCAGAGAGAGUCAGGUGCAACUGCUCUGUUCUUUGCUGCGCAACAAGGCCACAAUGAUGUUGUGAAGUUUCUCUUUGAAUUUGGAGCCUCAACUGAAUUUAAAAAUAAAGAGAAAACCAGGAUCCCUGCAUAUCACUUCCUCAUCCUGCUUCCAGGUACCUCUGGGAUUUGUAGUCCACAGGAUGGAGGCACUGCUCUGCUAGCAGCUUGUCAAUAUGGGCAUGCAAAAGUGGCGGAUACUCUGUUGAAGCACGGUGCCAACAUUCAUGAUCAACUUUAUGAUGGAGCUAGUGCACUAUUCCUGGCUGCCCAAGGAGGCUUUCUGGAUGUAAUCCGAUUAUUGCUGUCUUCGGGAGCAAAGGUCAACCAGCCAAGGCAGGAUGGGACAGCUCCAUUGUGGAUAGCAUCACAAAUGGGUCACAGCGAGGUGGUGAGGGUAAUGCUGCUUCGGGGAGCUGAUCGAGAUGCCACACGGAAUGAUGGUACAACUGCUUUACUUAAAGCUGCUAACAAAGGGUAUAAUAAUGUUAUAGAGGAGCUACUCAAAUUCUCUCCUACACUUGGCCUCUUGAAGAAUGGGACUACUGCUCUCCAUGCAGCAGUUCUGGGUGGCAGUGCUAGAGCAGUAGCAUUGCUUUUGGAAGCAGGAGCAGAUCCUAAUAUUAGAAACAAGGCAAAUGAACUGCCAGCAGAACUAACAAAAAAUGAACGCAUCCUGCGGCUCCUCCGAACAAAAGAAAAGCAAAGGAAAAGCUAGGAGUUCUGUAUCAGAAGUGGUUUGGCAGUGGUUUGUCCACACUAGUACUAAAGCAAAUCUGUUUUUGAGAAUGGUUUAUUGAAAUUACCUUUAGCCUUUAUCACGGAGUCACAGUGUGAUAGGGCCCUAGUAUUAAACCAAAUAGGGCCUUUGUUGUGGACUUCAGUGAGAACAAGAUUUGAUCCCAGUCUUUUUUGCACUAUAGCUCUGCCUCUACAAAUCCUUGCAGUCCCAGCACUUCUGUCAGCCCCUACAUGCUUGUAGCAUACCUCAUACCUUCAUAUAAAAGUGCUCCAGCUAUUUUACAUACAUUCCUAGCACUGUUAUGAUUGCACCUGCUGUGAUCAAGUCCUUUGACUAACUGAUUCUAUGUGCUUCUGUUAAGUGUGAAUCACUCAGUUCUUGCAUAGAGGAGAAGCAUAUGUUUUCCAGCUGCACUGAUUCAGUUGUCCCACAAUGCUUCAGCCCACUCUUCAGUAACUGGUCCAGCAAUUUAGAGCUCCAGCUCUGUCUGCCCUUCCCCAUCACCCAGUUUCAGGUUUAAGAGGGAGCCAAAGGGUACUCAUCUGUGCUCUGCUCUGCUCUGUCCUGUAGCUUCACCUGUGCUGUAGAGAGCCUGUGGAUACAGAACAGACCACUGCAAUGUUAUUUACAGGAUCUUUAUAUUGCUAAAGGGAAAGCAAUACAAAACUUAUUGGAGUGAAAGAUAGCAAAUCGACCACGGCAUGUACACAUCCAUAUUAGUAACUUCAAGUUACGUGUUAAAUGAAUUUACAUUAACUGACCUGGGUUUGCCAUGGCAAUGAGAAAACUGCCUCAGCUGCUGCUUUUAUCUGCCUGAGCCCUGCCAGUAGGCAUUAGAUCAGUGAUUCUAAACUUUGUUAGACUCAAAACACCCCUCAGAAAAUGUCAGCUCGUAGCUUUCACUGGUUUCUUGACUAUGAAAAAUAAUAGAAUAAUUUUCCUGUUGCAAAGAACUCAAAGACCACAAUGGUUAAGAGUGUUUUUUCGAACCAUGGAUCACUCUUUGAAAUUUCUGGAUUUAUUUUGUGAAUCGUGUAGGUGUUCGCACACCUAGUAUUGCAUGGCAUCCUAUGGCACCCUUAAAAAGAUUUCAGGGCGCCCCAGGGUGCUGCAGCACUGUUUGAGAAUCACCUGCAUUAGCUAAAGAAUAUGCAAUGCCCCAAGCUUGUCCACCUCCCUACCAAGUCAUCCUGGUUCUUGUAUUGACACACCAUUGCCUCUCAAGGUGAGGUAUAGGACAACUACCUGAUGUGAAGUGGGAUAAGGGAAACUAGCUGAGCCAUAAGACAUAUCCCAGAGAGAUGUCCUUCCAUUUGCCCAGUGGUUCACAACAUUUUGAGUCAGGGCACCUUUCCACAGCACUCUUGAAUUUGGCAGCACCCCAGUUGAGGCAGCACAAUGGUGGUUCCCAUUUUACCUCAGUGAUUCUCAGCUGGGAUGCUGCCAUAGCUACCACCACAUUAAAGUGCUGAACAUACCUUGUGCAAAACUGAACCAGGAAGGGCUACAACACAUGUGCAUGCUCUGGGCAUCAUUAGGGUUGUCUAAUAAGACUAAUGCAGACUGCACAACAUCUGCUGGAAACAGGCACACAGGGAAGGUGGAACUGUCCCAUGUGCCUCUGUUUCCAGGAGAAGCACUGGGGGGCUGGGUUGGGAAGGGCUGGAGCAAGAGUGGGUACUUCUGCCUGCUUUAGAUUUAUCAGAUAACUUCAGUGCAGACAGGAGUGCAUGUGUGUGCUGUGGUCCUUCCCAGUCUGGCUGUGCAUGAGGUGCGGGGGUACUGGACCUGGUUGUAGCAGCAGUGCCUGUGCUGUGGCACCCCUGAAAGGGUCUUAUGGGAUUCUGGGUUGCCAUGGCAGCCUGGUCAAGACUCAGUGCACUAGCCCCUUGCCUUGACUACCUGUCCAGAUCUCAGAAGGAAAUAUCAGAGGAAAAGAAACUGUUUCUUAAAUAAUGACUCAAUAAAAUGAUCCAAAACAGCACAAGUUAUGAAAAACAUAAGAGUUAGCUUGGGUUGCCUCUCAAGAUAGACUGUGGGCUUCUAUUUAAUACCAUAAUCUGUCCAGCAGUGGUACCUGCAUACAGUUCUUGGAGAACGCAUCCCCUUUCUCUCAUGGCAUGGGAGAUGGAUUUCCUCAAAUCCAAGGGCAGGACAGAUCCAGUCACUGAACAAACCUACCCAAGUGUAUUGUUACCAGGUGCAAAUAUACUAGAUACUUAAUUGUGAGGCACAAAAGUAUACAUGCUAUAAAAGCAAAUUUGGUAUGUUGUACGUAUCUGUGCCACUGUUUAUUAUGCACCAGCAACUAUGCUAUGCACCUGCACCUGGGACCUGUGUCUGGAAUUAUCAGAGAAGCAUCACAGAAACUUAGCUGUAACCUCUGUGUCAUGGACUCGCAAUGAACCGUCAUGGAGCAUGGUAAUUAUCCAUGUCCCCAUACCAUGAUACAUUGAUAAAGAACAAAUUAUUGCAGUAUAGGCAUGCCCUCAGUCUUGUUAGCUGCAACCAUUUUAGAGGCUACCCUUCAGUAAGGUUCAAAUGUAACAUUAAGUCAGUAGGUGGACAAAAACCACUCUACCCAUCUUGGAACCAUAGCAAAUCAUUUAAAAGCAUUGAUAUGGAAAAGUCCUUGAAAAGAUAUGAAGUUCUACCAUGUUAACAAGCUGCAAAUAUGAAAUUUAGCUGAGUUGUUGCACUGCUAGUCCAAUGAGUGAAAAAUCACUUUAUUAUUUCUCAAGUGAGCCCAGUUCACUUUAGUACUGUUUUCCUUCAACAUUUAGGGCCAAAAAUAUUCCUAAAACCAGAUACCUAGUAAUGAGCUGGGAUUAUUCUUUCUCUUGUGGAUUGGCAAAUCAGGAGGAGGGAAUGAAAGCCAUGCUGAAUAAAAAUAAUGGGAAAAAUAAUGAUUGCACUGUUGUUUGCAAGCUGCUGUUGAUAUUUACAAUAUUAGAAGGCAAAAGUGUAUGCUUUCCAGUUACAUUGUGAGAAGAUGCCAGAGAAAUCUGCUUGCUUAAGUAAUCAAUAUUGUUCAUUCCCUGAAUUAAAGUGAUAUGUUUGCCUAAUUUCACCGUGUAGACAAGCUACUGUGGGAUUCAAAAUUGUGCAUAGAUAUUUAACAAUUUGCAGUAUCCAUCACAGAGUCCCAUCCUGCAAGAGGCUCAGAAGAAAUGAGCACCCUUAAAUCAGACAGUUAUCUGUGGGAGUUCAAAGCGCACAGUAGCUCACAGGAUUGAGUUCUAAUUUAUUAAAUAAAAAGUGAGGCUUGGGCUCACUGAUAGCCCAAAUUGGAUAUAUGUGAUUGUCUUCUGAAUUUGUUUUGGAGGGAGCUACAAGGAUCUGUGCAGUGCUGACCCCCAUUGAUUGAUCACUUUAGAGGAGGCUUUCCAUAGAGCAACUUCAGAGCAGCAACUGCAGGAGACAAGGAGAGGCAACCAAGGUCCUGCAAAGAAAAACCUUCCACUAAUUGGGAGGCAGAAGGAUAAUCCUUAAAAUCACUCAAUAGCCAGCCAGGGUAGGUGAGUAAAACACAGUUUCACCACAGAGUCAUGCAGUAAUGGACAAGCAACCCCCUAUAAGGAGAGAGAUUAAUUUUUCCUGAGUCUAGAAGGGUAGAGCCAUUGACGGUUCUCAUUUCUCAUACCCACCCAAUGGCAGAUCAAAGUAGAUGGAAUAGAGGUAGGAACAGUGGCUCUAGUUGUAGCUGGAGCAAGAGAGUUGAGCUAUCAGAGUUUAGGUAGCCAGUUUCUGCAAAGCUGCUUUGAAGACUAGCAUAUUUUCUUCAAUCCCACCCAAAAAAGCAGAUAGGGAGUAAGUUCCUGGCCUCUGGCUGCUUUUGAGGGACAUGUUUUUUUCUGCUCCUUGUGUUGUAGAACUUUUCAGGGCCUUGAUGCCAUUCCCAGUUGCCUCCACCACUGGCUGGCUGGCUACUGGAGGAGGAGGUCUAAUGCUACAGGGACUGAAAGAUGUUUGGGGCAUAUGCUGGCAUGAGGAGGCUGUAAGGUCUCUCUCAAGGAGCAUGGUGAUGGUGCAUGUUAUCCCCCAAAGGAGAGGGAGCUAUUAUUGUAAAAGAAAAGAUCCAUAGUCCAGCCAGGCUUGGAAUGAAAAACAGGAAAGGCAGUUACCAUCCCCUUUGAGUAUUUAUUUGACCUCCUUUGCCUUUGAAGCAUUCUGUUUCAGACUCUGAUGCUCAACAGCAUAAUAAAAGCAUGCAUGUUUUGCCGGCAGCUGGGCUUGAAAACUGCAAUCUCAUUCCUCACUAUGCAAUGAAACAUCCCUUCUCACAAAGAAACCUUUAUAAUUCUGUGCACUUAUCAGGCUACAUUCAUCUUUAAAGUGAUGCAGAGAUUCUAACUACGCUCAGCUUUUUAAUUUUUUUAAAUUAUUAUUAUUAUUCUAAAGGAGAGACCUGCUUUCUCUUCAUUGCUGGAGUGAUUUAGUAUUUAUAUUGACAACAAAUUUAAGCUCAACUAUUGUACUUUUUGUCUAAAGAUCUCAAAGCACCUUAGAGACAUUAUUAGCUUCAUAAGCUUCAAAAUGCACUUCUGAGGUAGGUAGGAAUAUAAUAUACAAGUCAUUUUACUCACCAGCGAACAGCAGCAGUUGAAUGAUACACAUUACCACUACAAGUGUUUAGGUUAGAAAUUGAGGAAUAUUGAAUCCAGGUGAAACAGCCAGGCUAGGGAAGAUAGAUGAGAUUGAAAUAAUGCGAAUAAGAAUUUGGCCAAGACAUAUGGACCAAUACUCUCCUCUCAUAAAAAGUGUCAUAGACUCUCUAAUAACUAAAAAUGCUUGGGAUCUUGGUUUUGCAUUUUGCCCACAAGAUAGCAUCUCUAGCAGCACUAUGUUGGGUUCUGUGCAAAUAAGAUCCAUAAAACCCUAUAUAGUACCUUCUAUGCAGACUUUGUACCCUCCUGACGUCUCCUCCUUAGCUGCUAGUACUCAAAGUCUGCUAGUUUCUGUACAAGUCAGGGAGAAGGUCACAAACAUGACUAGAACAAGAAGGAAAAUUGUUAGGCUCCCCCUUCCAAGCAUUAAUGUCAGUCUAGACUUCAAAAAGGAAGAUAUGGUGAGUAUGGAGGAGGGGCUCCAGGGCCCGGGAGAAUUGGCAUUUAAUCACUGAUGCGUCUACUGGUGCUGUUGUCAGAGCCCUUGAAUGUGUGGAGCUUUCUGAUUAUAUAGGACCACCACUAAUAUGCACUUUAACAAUGUGCAGGGGCAUAUAUUUAUUAAUACCCCAGAGUGUACUGUUAUACCCAUUGAGGCAUAUCAACACCCUUUCUUCAUUGCUCCACUUCCUCCAUGGAGGUAGUUUGUUCAAGUCUCGGUCCAGCCCAGCCCUAUUUAACAUAGGAGAUCAAGCAGAAUCAGGGCAGGAGAUCAUACAGUUGUAGGCCAUAUUAAAUGCACUUUAUUAACUACUGGCUUUAUUAACUAUAGCAUGCAUUUGCCUUAGACACUGGGCUUAAUUACAAAAAUAAUUCAAUCUUCUUUGUUCAUCCACUAGAAAAAAAAUUGGGCACUUAAAUUUUCAUCAAAUUAUCCUUUUAAUGUCGUAUUUAAUUUCCCAGACUCAGAAUUUUUUAAUAAAACACAGCUAUACUGAUUGCACACAACACAGCCAGCACCAGUAAGUGGCACUCAAAUCAACAUGUUAUUUAUUAUUAAUGACUAAAACAUGAAGGAUCUCUGUUGAAUCCCCUUAACUUUAAUAUUCAAUUUAUUCAAUGUUCUUGUUGCAAAGACCUAAUUUUUGUGUGGUGUACACAAAACUCAUUCAGAAUAAAAGGCCUUAAACACCCAAGCAUGAGGCUCAUUUUAUUUUUAGCACACAGCAUUAAUUUAUGCAUUUAAAUUCUUCCAGGUGGACAAAGAUAAACAAGCCCAACUCAGCCCAAUUCCACCUGUGCACAGUGCACAUUCAUUUUAGCAGGGUUGCUCAGAAAGUAAAAUUGGUCCAUAAGCAUUAUGUAUACAAUGAGCAUAGACAAAAAAUAAAACUGCUUUAAACAUGUAUGUCUGGAACCUUUGUUUACUUGCACUGUUGGUCAAGUACCCUGCUACAUACUUAUGGAUUAUACUGUAUGCAAACAUAAAACAAGCUAACAGCCCAACCAAAGAUUGCACAUGGCACUGUGUGCACACAUUGGGCUAAAUGGAAUUAUACCAUCUGACAUCCGCUCUGCAUUUUGUUCCCAGGUAUUUCUUAUUAUUUUCAUACUUUUCUGAAUUAUGUAGUUCUCUUAUGUCUGCAAUGUUGUUCAUAAGAAAAAUCCUAUGUAGAUUUAUAUUGUUCCAUGAAACAGUAGGAUUCUAUGUUGGAAACACUGAUUUGUUAAACCACACUUUUCCAUACCAUCAUUCAAAUUAAAAUGAAUACUCUACUUUU